AGCGGCCAGUUCAUCAUAAAUAAGGGGUAAAUUUUCCAUAGAAUCUUCGUUUUUUAGCUUCAAACCUGACAUAUCGUGUAGUUUUAGAUUAGAAUAAAAUUACAUAGUUAAAACAUGAAUAUAUAUAUAAAGUAAUAUAAAUGAAUAACAAUGGCAAAUAAUCACAACGAUCCCUGUGACAAACAUCUUGAUAUACCGUUUGACGAUCGAAAAUGGCACUGGUUUGUGCUUACAUCAGUUAUGAUCUUCGGUUCCGGCAUUGUUUUAAUAAUAAUCGGACGUUUAAUUAUGUACAUGUUUCAUCGGAGUAAAUUACGCGCCAAAAGCAAGAUCGAUGCUAUGCUUGAUGAAGACGAUGAGGAAGAAGAGAGUGAACUGGAAAAGGGCUGGUACCUAGAUUUAAAAGAAGGAGCCGGAAAUCUUGUGUCUGCUCAAACAUUACAAGGUCGAAUUCUGGUUGUUCUUUCGUUCAUUUUCAACUUGGCAGCCUGUGCAUUGUAUGUAACAGAAUCUUCAUAUCCAAUUGAACAUUGUUUGAGCACAAGUAGGCAGACGUUAUGGAGAGUGGAGAUCUGUUUGAAUACGUUCUUUAUUUUUCAUUUCAUUAUUCGAUUUAUUGCUGCAAACGACAAAUUAUCAUUUUGGACAAUGGAUGCUUUAACCAUUGUGGAUUUGCUGACAGUACCUUCAGUUUUUGUAGCUGUCAUUUUGGAACGUAACUGGCUAGGGUUUCGCUUCCUUCGUGUUGUGUACAUGAUAAAUUUUGCUGAAAUUUUGCAGUUUUUAAAUGUAUUGCAUGCUGGGUCAAGUUUAGAGAUGGCAGAGAUUUUUGGAAACUUCUUUGCUUUGUGGCUUUCUUCAGCUGGAAUGGUACACUUGCUUGAGAACACGGGUGAUCCAUGGUAUCCUAUCAGAUAUCAGAAUAACCACACAAUAAAUUACUUUGAAGCAACCUAUUUCUUAUUGGUGACAAUGUCAACAGUUGGUUAUGGUGAUAUUUAUUGUCAUACUUAUCUUGGACGAGUUUUUGCAAUGGCUUUUAUUUGUUUUGGAUUGGCAUUAUUUGCAUCAUAUAUUCCUGCUAUUCAAGAAUUUUUUGCUUCACAUACGAAAUAUGAUAGAGAAUUUAAGCCAACACCUGGAAAAAGGCAUGUUAUUGUCGCUGGUCAUAUAACAGAAGAGAGCGUGGAAUCGUUUUUCAAGGAUUUCUUGCAUCCAGACAGAGAAGACACUCAAACAACUGUUGUAUUUUUGUCACCAAAAUACCCAAGUUUAAAAAUGCAAGCAGCACUUCAAAGAAAUAUAACAAAAGCAUCAUAUUUUAUUGGCACUAUAUAUAGAUUUAUGGACUGUCACCGUACAAAGAUGCGACAAGCUGAUGCUGUAAUAAUUUUAGCCAACAAGAAGUGUAUCAACCCAGAUGAAGAAGAUGCGGCCAAUAUUACAAGAGUUAUAUCAGUAAAGAAUUAUCAUGAGCGUAUUCGAUGUAUUGUCCAACUGAUGAUGAACAAAAACAAGUCACAUUUACUAAACUGCCCACAAUGGAAUCGGGAGCUUGGCGAUGAUAUUGUAUGCAUUGAUGAGUUAAAACUUGGAUUCAUUGCUCAGAGUUGUAACGCUCCAGGAUUUUCCACACUGCUUGCAAAUCUGUUUGCUAUGAGAAGCGAUACAAUUGAUGAAGAAAUACAUGAAUCUGAGCUAUGGAAAGUAGCUUACAUGACUGGUGCAGCAAAUGAGAUGUACACAGCUACCUUGUCUGAUUCCUUCAUUGGAAUGAGUUUUCCGCAAGCUGUUGAAUUGUGUUUUGAAAAAUUGAAUCUCAUGAUGAUUGCAGUUGAGAUGAAGUUUCCAAAUAAGGAAAGAUAUUUCGCCAUAAAUCCUAAUGACAAAACAUUGAAGCUACUGAAAGGAACACGUGGCUUCUUUUUUGCUCAAAAUGCCACUGAUGUUGCAAAAGCUUCGAAAUAUUGCAGUGUUUGUCAUAAAGAUCUAGCUGAUCCAGAACGUAUGGCAAAGUGUAGAUGUAGAAGAGCCCGAAGAGAUCAAAUUGAAGCCAAAAGUUUUAAAAUGAAAGCAGAAACUAAAGUUGAAAUGGAUGCGUUAUAUUUACUGGAAGGUGAAGCCGAAGAAAAAAAAAAAGUGACACAUAAUUUAACUGACGAUUACUAUCCAAAUGGUGAUAGACCAAAAUUUGAUCAAAGUGGAACAUUCUACUGGUGUGAAAGUCGACCAUUUGCAGCCGCUAAGCUGACUUUAGAAGAAGCUGCAAGUGAGAAGUUUAAAAACCACGUGGUGGUGUUGGUUUUGUCACAGAAGUUCUCUCCUCCACUUGGGUUAAGACAGUUGGUAUUGCCACUUCGCGCAAGCAAUAAUCUUCCAGCAAGUCUUAAAAAAGUUGUGAUACUCGGCGAUGGAGAUUUCUUGCAAAGAGAGUGGACGAGUUUAGCCAACUUUCCAGAUGUGGAUGUUGUUCCAGGCGCGCCAUACAAUCGCUCUGACCUUCGCGCUGUAAACGUGAAUACUGCUGACAUGUGCAUUUUGUUAUCUCCUGGUCAUGGCUCAGAAUCUGACGAGCAUCAAGCGUUGUCAGAUAAAGAAGUCAUCCUUGUUACACUGAAUCUAAAAGCCAUGACAUUCGACCAAUCAGAACUGGCCAUUCAAACGGAGAUCGGAAAAGCACAACAAGCUAUUAAUGGAAGCGUCAUCGAUGUAAGCAAUGCACCAAGCAAUGUAAACAGCACUGCUGCAAGUCGGCGUCCGUCCAUGGUUUCGCGUAUGACGUCAGUUCCUGCGGUCACACCAGCUCCCUCAAAUUUUGGUUCCGGCGAUGCAGUGAAACCAGCUAAGAUGAAAGGCUCUCUAACAGGAGCUAAUAUUCCAAUGAUCACAGAGCUAGUGUGUGAUUCAAACGCAAUGUACAUAGAUCAAGACGAUAUGAAUAUAUAUGAUGAUGAUGGUAUUUUUCUGACUCAACCGUAUGCUUGUGGAUCAGCCUUUACUGUUUCUGUUUUGGAUUCGUUGGUCAGCGCUACAUAUUUUAACACUGAUGUAUUAACACUAGUUCGACAUCUUGUUACUGGGAGUGUCAGCCCGGAGUUGGAUGAACUUCUAGCAGAAGGAAAACAACCGUCCGGUUCUUUUGAAACACCGGAAAUUGCUGCUGUUCGUAACAGAUGUCGCGUGGCGCAAAUAUCUUUGUUUGAAGGGCCGUUAUCGGAGUUCGGGGAAUGUGGCUUGUUUGGAGAUUUAUUUUUGUACGCACUUCGAACGUACAAUAUGAUAUGUCUUGGGUUGUAUCGAUUUCGUGACGCACAACGUGCAAGCUCUGGCAUCCCAAGCACGAAAAGAUACGUCAUUAAUUUCCCGCCUUUUAAUUUUGUUUUGGCGCCAACGGACUUGGUAUUCGUGUUGAUGCAGUUCGAGAAAAAAGGAAAAAAGAAGAAAAAAUUAACGCGUUUAGCCUCGUUUGUUUCACGUGCUUCUAAUUUCAAUGUUGAAUGAGGUUCAUAUGACUGAAGAAUCAAACGACUUGAGAAAUUUUUAUUAGUUUUUAAAUUAUUUUUAAGCGUGCAACGCUAAAGCCGUGUAGUGUGGUUAGCAAAACUGAGCGAUUAAGGAGCUUCAAACCUGAUCAAGAAAGACCCAGGAAUAUUAGUAAUUUACCACAAUAUUUUACAGUCAUUGGUAUCUUUUCAUGAAUGAGCGAGUUUAAAUCGUUCUAUAAUCUUUGGGUGAUGCUUCAUAUAACCUGUCACGCUAAUUUAUGAAUUUAUUAUUCCAAAAUCUCAUGGAAUCUUAAGAAUAUUUUUCGGAAGCUCAAUGGAGUGCAAAUAAAAGUUUGCUAACACGAUGCAAUAAAUAGAAUUUUUACCUAAAAAUUUUGUUUAAUAUUUAUGCAUUUUUUUAUCUACGGAUUUUUUUUUGUGGAAACAUAUAAAAGAAGACGAAAGCACUUCUUGUCAAAUUUGUUUCGAAUUCAGAAAUAUUAAAAGGAUAAAUCAUUUUAAGGAUUAUAUGUUUGUUUUUACACUUUUAUAGUUCUU